AUGGUUCUUCACAACCCCAAUAACUGGCACUGGGUGAACAAGGAUGCCUCAGGCUGGGCCAAGAAUUAUCUGCAGCAGAACCUGUGCUGCAUCACAGCCGAGGAGGGAGGCGUGACGGCCAAAGUAGAGCGUGUGGUGUCGAUGGAUGGCGACGUAGAUGUCAGCCAGCGCAAGGGCAAGGUCAUCACCCUGUUCGACGUCAAGUUGCAACUAGAAUAUUCAGGCAAGACUACCGAUGCCGAAGAGGUGACCGGCUCGAUUAGCAUCCCCGAGGUAGCCCACGACACCGAGGAAGAUGAGUUCGUCUUCGAGAUCGAGAACCACGCCGACGCCGCUUCGAAGCAGCCAGUCAAGGACCUGGUGCGCUCCAAAAUCGUGCCCCAGCUGCGCCAGGCACUGGUCAAACUCGGCCCGGCCCUGAUCACCGAGCACGGCAAGGACCUGCAGCAUGCUCCCGGUGUCAACCCGUCCAGCGGGUUCGCCGCCGCAAGAGUCCACCCGCAAUCGACCAAGGAGUCCGCCGGCAGCACGGGCCAGACAACCACCUCGACGACGGGCAAAGCCACUGUCAACACCACGACCGUGACGGCGUCCGACGAGUUCCGCACCACCGCCGAGGAGCUGUACAACUCUUUCACGGACCCGCAGCGCAUUGCCGCGUUCACGCGGAGCCCGCCACGCCAGUUCGAGGGCGCUAAGGCCGGCGGCAAGUUCGCGAUUUUUGACGGUAACGUCACCGGCGAGUUCGUGAAGCUGGAGCCCCCCAAGCACCUGGUGCAGAAGUGGCGCCUGGCUCAGUGGCCCGCCGACCAUUUCAGUACCUUGGAGAUUCACUUUGAUCAAAACGACGUCGAUGGCGUCACCCAGAUGCGCGUCACUUGGUCUGGAGUUCCCGUUGGCCAGGAGGAUGUCACGAAGCAGAAUUGGGACAUGUACUAUGUCCGCAGCAUGAAGCAGACCUUUGGAUCCACUUCAUCAUCAAGUUUCUCUUCUUGGUCCUCGUUGCUAACGUUUAUCGUUCUUUUCCUUGGCGUAGGUUUGGCACUAUUCUCUGAUCGAUUCCGCAAGCUUUCACUGGCUGCAUGA